AUGUACGUGAAGAAGAGAGAUGGACGCCAAGAGCGUGUCCAGUUCGACAAGAUUACUGCUCGUGUCUCAAGACUGUGUUACGGUCUCGACACUGAACAUGUCGACCCCGUCGCCAUCACUCAAAAGGUCAUCUCCGGUGUCUAUGGUGGUGUAACCACUAUUCAGCUUGACGAUCUCGCUGCCGAGACUGCCGCAUACAUGACCGUCACCCACCCUGACUACGCUAUCCUCGCGGCCCGCAUCGCCGUCUCCAACCUCCACAAGCAGACUAAGAAGCAAUGGUCGUCCGUCAUCAGCGACUUGUAUCACUAUGUCAAUCCCAGGAACGACCGUGCGUCCCCCAUGAUUGCCAAGUCAACAUAUGAGUGCGUAAUGAGACACAAGGAGGAGCUCGAUUCCGCCAUCGUCUACGACCGCGAUUUCAACUACCAAUACUUCGGCUUCAAGACCCUAGAGCGUUCCUACCUUCUUAAGCUCAACGGUAAGAUUGUUGAGCGUCCCCAGCACAUGAUUAUGCGUGUCGCGGUCGGUAUCUGGGGAGACAAUAUUGAGCGCGUUAUUCAGACCUACAACCUCAUGUCGAGCAAGUUCUUUACCCAUGCCUCGCCCACUCUCUUCAACGCCGGUACUCCUCAGGCCCAACUGUCCUCCUGCUUCCUGGUUGACAUGAAGGAUGAUUCCAUUGAGGGUAUUUAUGACACUCUCAAGUCUUGCGCUAUGAUCUCCAAGAUGGCGGGUGGCAUUGGCCUCAACGUCCACCGCAUCCGUGCCACUGGCUCCUACAUCGCCGGUACCAACGGUACUUCCAACGGUAUCAUUCCCAUGCUCCGUGUCUUCAACAACACUGCUAGAUACGUUGACCAGGGUGGCAACAAGCGCCCUGGUGCCUUUGCCAUCUACCUCGAGCCCUGGCACGCCGAUGUCUUUGAGUUCCUUGAUCUCCGCAAGAACCACGGCAAGGAGGAGGUUCGCGCCCGUGAUCUUUUUCUUGCUCUCUGGAUUCCCGAUCUGUUCAUGAAGCGCGUCGAGAAGAACGGUGAAUGGACCCUUAUGUGCCCCAAUGAGUGCCCUGGUCUUGCCGACUGCUACGGCGACGAGUUCGAGGCUCUUUACGAAAAGUAUGAGCGCGAGGGCAAGGGUCGCAAGACUGUCAAGGCUCAGAAGCUCUGGUACUCUAUACUAGAGGCACAGACCGAGACCGGUAACCCUUUCAUGCUCUACAAGGACCACUGCAACCGCAAGAGCAACCAGAAGAACCUCGGUACUAUCCGUAGCUCCAAUCUCUGCACUGAGAUCAUCGAGUACUGUGCUCCCGACGAGACUGCUGUCUGCAAUCUCGCUUCCCUGGCCCUUCCCGCCUACGUUGACUACAACCAAGGCGUCUAUGACUUCAAGAAGCUGCAUGAGGUUACCAUGGUUGUUGUGCGUAACCUGAACCGCAUCAUUGAUGUCAACCACUACCCCAUCCCCGAGGCUCGCAACAGCAACAUGCGCCAUCGUCCCAUUGGUGUCGGUGUCCAGGGCCUUGCUGAUGCCUUCCUUGCCCUUCGCAUGCCCUUUGAGUCUCCCGAAGCUCGUGAGCUCAACAAGCAGAUCUUUGAGACCAUAUACCAUGCUGCCCUCACUGCCUCCGUGGAGCUUGCCAAGGAGGAGGGUCCCUAUGAGUCGUUCAAGGGUUCCCCCGCCUCUGAGGGUAUUCUGCAACACGACAUGUGGAAUGUCAAGCCCUCUGACCUCUGGGAGUGGGAUGAGCUCCGUGAGCAGGUUAAGCAGCACGGUGUCCGCAACUCUCUCCUGGUUGCUCCCAUGCCUACUGCCAGUACCUCACAGAUUCUUGGCAACAACGAGUGCUUUGAGCCCUACACUUCCAACAUUUAUCAGCGCCGUGUUCUGGCCGGUGAGUUCCAGGUUGUCAAUCCCUGGCUGCUCAAGGAUCUCGUCGACAUGGGCCUUUGGUCUGACGCCAUGAAAAACCGCAUCAUUGCUGAGAAUGGUUCCAUUCAAAAUAUUCCCAAUAUCCCUGCCGAUAUCAAGGCUCUGUACAAGACUGUCUGGGAGAUUUCCCAGCGCCAGGUUAUCCAAAUGGCUGCUGACCGUGGCGCUUUCAUUGAUCAGUCUCAGUCACUCAACAUCCACAUGCGUGAUCCCACCAUGGGCAAGAUCACCAGCAUGCACUUCGCCGGCUGGAAACUCGGUCUUAAGACUGGCAUGUACUACCUGCGUACACAGGCUGCUGCCGCACCUAUCCAGUUCACUGUCGAUCAGGAAGCCUUGAAGGUGGUUGAUGCCGCUACUGCCCGCGAGCGUCUCCCGAAGAAGCGCGCCCCUCCGGCCGGCACCAGCUACAUGUCCUCUGCCUCUCCCAUAAGCAAAGUUUCUUCUGCCCCCAAGGAUGCCGGCAAUACUGUCAGUGCUGUCAGCUCCAACGGCAUCCCGACCCCCUCCACUACUCCGCCUCCUCUGGUCGCCACCAGAGGGCCCCUAUCCUCGCCUCAGAAGCCCAACACUAUGAAGGCUGAUGUUGAUGAUGGUGAUAGCCCCAAGGUUCUUGCCACUGAGCCCUCGCAGCAGGUUGACGACGAGCUCGCCGAGGGCAAGCGCACCAGCAACCAGGACGAGGAUGGCGAAGGCAACGAGGUCCGCGAGCGUGACAUUUACUCCGAAGCCGUCGUUGCCUGCAGCAUCGAGAACCCCGAAUCCUGCCUUAUGUGCAGCGGUUAG